CCUACACUACACCACCUCUGAAAAAUAGCCAAAAUGUUUACGGUCCGAUUCACCAUCCGUGCAACCAAAACAGGAUAAAAUAAUUUUCACACCAAAAAAGAAAAAUAGAAGAAGAAACCAAAAACUGAAGCCAAAACAGAGCAAAGAGCUUCAGAGUCACCCAUUUCAGAGCAAGAGAGCUUCUUUCAAUCUUGAGCUUGACAGAUAGAGAGGGGGAGAGGGAGAGAGAGAGAGAGAGGCUUGGUGGGUGGAAAUGAAGCUACCCGCGAAGCCCAUAUCGAGUCCGGGUCGGAGCGACAAGUUCCCGCCGCCGUUGAUGAGGUUUCUGAGGAGCAAUGUCGGGAGCAAAAGCCGAGGUCGGUUACGUGCGAGUCCGAUGUUCGUGAGGAAGAAGAACACGACCGCCGUCGAAACACAAGAGCCGUCGUCGCCGAAAGUGACCUGCAUGGGCCAGGUUCGGGUCAGGCGGUCGUCCUCCGCGGCUUGUUCGCGACCCGGACGGGGAAGAAGUGCCGGAGCUCCGACCCGGAAACGGUUCGGGUGGAUCCAAAACGCCGUGUUCUGCAGCGAUUUUCCCGGGAAAAUCAAGCCCAAGUCUUGCAGACACCUCUGGCGGAAAUGGGUUCCGUUUUUUCAAGUUGGGUUUUGCACCAGAGUUCAAAUCGAAAAAGACCCACCAAAAGUUGAGACCCAAUUUGGGGAAGCAACUGAUGGGUUUUGUUCAGGUGAUGAUGAAGAAGAAGAAGAAGAACCAGAAUUUGAAAGAAAAGCCAAGGCUUUUGCUGCUUCUAGCUUUUCGCCACCCAAGAACGCUUUGCUCUUAACUCGAUGCAGAUCUGCGCCGUACAGGUCGUCUUCUUUGGCUAGUAGAUUUUGGGGCUCACCAGACAGAGCUAAAGAAGAAACAGGGGAAGAAGAAGAACAGAGCAAAACAGGGGAAGCAGAACAGAGCAUCGAGCCCCAAAACAGAGAAAAUGGCAGCGAAAAUAAGAGACCCACAUCGGAAAGAGAGUCCAUUUCGGAACAAGAAUCGAGAACUGAGCAACAAAAUGAAGAAAAGAUGCAAUUUUUCAAGGGAUUGGAAAACUCAAUCAGAGAAAGAAUGGCCAAAUCUGCGAGCAUUGAAUAUUCGAAUGAAGUGGAGUUUGGAUCAGAUUCUGCUCGGCCUAUGAUUCUCACAAGGUGUAAGUCAGAACCAGCAAGAACAGCAGCAGAGAAGCUCGACCCAGAUUCGUUGAUUCAUUCCCACCGAUUGUUUGUGAUUAAUUAGUUUUCAAUUUCCUUUUUUUUUUAUUUGAUGUUAGUAUCUGACUGAACAGUGAAUAUAGUUUUCAAUUUUUCGGUGCAA